CUUUCACAAAUUUCGGACAGCUAUUGCGGUUUUAAGUGAUUACUGCCACAGUGUCCCUACACCAAUUUUCUGCAGCUAAUUUACAUUCAUGGCUGCCCCAACUCAUCCGACCUCUAUAGUCUUCCUCACCUUCCUUCAUUCACAUUCCAAGGAUUAGCAUUUUCCUUCUCUUUUGUUGGUUUUCUUUUUCAGUUUCUGGGCUCAAUUUAUUUCCCUUUUCCUCAAUUUUUUGGGGGUAAAUCUUGAGAACCCUUUUUCCUUAUUUGUUACAUUCUUCUGGUUGAGCGAGCAAGUGAGUGAGCUGAUAAGGGCAGGCAUGAGUGGAGGUGUGCCUCAAAGUUUGAAAAUUUAUGCGGUUCUGCUGCUACUCUGUUUCCUUUCGUUCAGUUGCAACUCGUCCAAAUCUCUCAAGACUCCAGAAAUAGUUGCUGAAAUUAAAGAUGCACUUCUUCCCCAAAUCCCUCCUAGUGAAGCUCCUCAGCCCCUUCUUCCUCUCCUUGCACCGUCUCCAUUUUCUCCAUUCACAAAUAGCACCAUCCCAAAAUUAUCUGGACUUUGUACGUUGGACUUUGCGGCUACUGAAAGUAUGAUGAGCAUGACGUCAAUUGAUUGUGUGGGUAGUUUUGCACCAUAUCUGGCCAAUGUCAUAUGCUGUCCUCAAGUGGAAACCACUCUUACGAUUCUCAUUGGACAAUCUAGUAAAGAAACCAAUAUGCUUGCAUUAAAUGGGACUGUUGCAGAACCCUGCCUUUCUGACUUUCAAGAAAUUCUGGUCGGUCAAGGUGCCAAUGACACCCUGCACGAGAUAUGCUCUAUCCACCCAUCAAAUCUUACUGAGGGUUCCUGUCCCAUCAAGGAUGUUGUUGAGUUUGAGAAAACAGUAAACGCGUCUAGCCUUCUCUCAGCCUGUGGGAAGAUUGACAAUGUAAACGAAUGCUGUGAGCAAGUUUGUCAGAAUGCUCUGGUGGAGGCUGCCGAUAAGCUUGCAGAAAAAGCUUAUGAUCUUAUGAACACGGAUGUCACUCAUGCCCUAGCUGACCACUCAACUAGGGUCAAUGAUUGCAAAAUCAUUGCACUUCGUUGGCUUGCUAGUAAACUCCAACCAACUCGUGCAAAAGAAGUUCUCAGGGGGCUAUCCAACUGCAAAAUCAACAAGGUGUGCCCUCUGGUUUUUCCGAACAUGAGCCAUGUUACAAAGACAUGUGGAACUGGAAGCAGUGACCCAUACGCUUGCUGUAGUGCUGUGGAUAGCUUCGUUUCUCAUUUGCAGAAUCAAAGUUUUGUUACCAACUUGCAAGCUUUAAACUGUGCUGCAUCUUUGGGGCUCAAAUUGCAGAAAGCAAAUAUCACCAGGAAUAUCUACAGUAUGUGCCACAUCAGUCUUAAAGAUUUCUCUGUCCAAGUUACCCCACAAGGUGUAGAGUCUGGAUGCCUUUUGCCUAGUUUGCCAACUGAUGCAGUAUUUGACAGCUCGACGGGUCUGAGCUUCCUAUGCGAUUUGAACGAUAACAUUCCUGCUCCAUGGCCAUCUCCUACUCAGAUACCAGCUUCUUCAUGCAACAAGACUGUUAAAAUUCCUGCACUUCCAGCUGCUGCAUCUGGUCAAACAAGUAAGAUCACUAUCCUGUCAAAGUUUUUAUCCUGUCAAGAAUCAUCUAUCUGGUAUACAUUUAGUGUAAAAAAUAAUCUAUCCUGUCAAAGUUAGCUUUAUGCUAUCAUAAAUCAUCCAUGUGAUAUACAACUAGCCGUCUUUGGUUGCUUACCAUUUUUUGAGUUAUAUACGAGAUUUGAAACUUCUAUCCCCCUGAAGCUUAUUGCCGGGAAUGCUACCUAUAGUGUACUUAGUUAAGCAGAAGUUGUCCUUUUGGCUUUAAUAAAGGAGAGAGAAAAACUCUUUAAAGACUACAAAUUAACAUAGUAAUUCUUUGGCUAUGCCUAUUUUUAUUUCUUUAUUUUGUUUUUUCUUAAUCUGAGUAAUGAUGCUCUACCUCUUCAAACUUAUAAUUACACAGUGUCGUUCUUUGAGUGUUAAAACCAAUUUCGUAUACUGAAUGAGCAAAGCACAUGUGAAAACAUAUCUAGUUAUGUAUUUAUUGAGAUGUAAUUUCGAACUUUUCUACUAGACCAAUCUGGUAUUAUGCUUGAUGAUUGAAGAGACUGGUAUUGUGAUCAACGUAAAACAUAUGUCUAUUCACAUGGGCCAAAAGUCAGCCAUAUAUACAAGAGUACACGACUAGGUUUAGGGUUAGGGUUUACCGGAAACUUCCGGAAUACAAGAUACAAAGACAUAUUUAACCCUACCUCAAUGUAUUCUAACAAUGAUACCUAUACUUAAUCUUUCUUUGAUUUUUGCCUUCUAUUUUCCAUUUCUUAUAAUAAUUGUUAAUCUUUGCUGAAGGUAUCCACGGCCUAGGAAAAGCCUUCCUUGCGAUUUUUUUCAUAUCUGCAGUCAAACUUCUGAUGCAAAUUUGAGUUUGGCCAAUGUUUGUUCUUGAGUCAGUCAUCUGGGAUAACCUCAAAACAUCAUCUUGGGAGCCCUGCCUGAUAUUUAGGAGGAUACAUACAAAGGGUUCUACCGAAGAUGAUCCGCACGGUACCAUGCGGGCUUGACCUGUACAAAGUGAAGGGAAAAACACCACUUGAGAGGUCAGCUUGGGAGAAGAAAAUUAACUACAUGUCUCUCUCUAUAUAAUAUAGAUCUGAAAACUUGUAAGUUUCGAAGAUUGAUAGUAUCUACUACAUUAAUUCUAGCAUCACAUUCUUGUAUAACCAAUUUUGUAAAGUUGUUUUUUUUUUCUUCUUCUUUUUAUAUAUACUUUGUUACGAUGUAAUAUUGUAAUCUCUCAAAGUUUCUCAUCCGUUGUAGAUUAAAAUGCAGCACUAAGGAAGAAAGAGAAAACAAAUGUCAUUCAUGGUGUGGUAUUUUGCUUGCAAAAAGUUGUAUGUGUAGAAGAUUGCUUGCAAAAAGUUGCAG